GUGCCGAGCCGAGCCCCAGGGAGGUGGUGUGGGGGACCGGCGCCGGUCCUAGCCGGGCCUCAGCCGGCCCCAUACCCUUUAGUCUAAUUAGGGGUAGACUAGAGGGGGCAAGUACACUCACUCCUUCGUCCCUCGACUCACCACCGGUAACAAUGGUGGAGAGAUUCUUCUCCACCACAAACUCCCCCACCACACACGACGAUCCAAUAAUCCUCCUCUCAGGCCCUCCUCCAUCAGGGAAGACAUCGCUGCUGUUCCAGUUCGCAUUCAACUUCCUCGUCAACGACGCCCACACGUCUGCUGUUUUUAUUUGCAGUCGGCGCACGAAAGCCCCCUUUCUCUCCAAGGGAGUUGAUCCGUCGUCUAAUGUGUUUGAUCGAAUCCAAAUCAAAUAUGUGGAGGAUGAGGAAGGGAUCAACAAGUUCUUUGCUGCCUUUCACAUGCAUGAUAAGUUUCCUGUGUUGGUUAUAAUUGAUGAUUUUGGAGAAUUUUUUGAUGAAAGAAUUUGCCAACAGAGGUACCAUAGUCCUCGUGGAAGAGAAUUGGCGAUAGUUCGAACUUUAGCUUUGUGUCGGAAUGCAAUUGAUCAUGCCAAUGAAACAGGGACUUGUAUGCUUUUGUUAUCUGACACUCACCAUGGUGACACCCCUAAAUUUCUUCACAUUUACAAGAGAUGGGUCAACUCUAUAUACACCGUCAAAGGUGAUGGAAUCGGGUCAUUUAUCAUCAAGAGUAAUGGUCCGGAAAUUGUGAGAACAGCAGCUGCUAAAUAUUCCGUUGCACUUCAGUAUUUAGUUUUGGAAGAGAUGUACGAAAAUGAAGAACAAAGAAAAAUUACUUGAAAAAUUACUUGUACGUUAGAAUCAUCGCUUCAUUGCAUAUGUGCUAUGUAAUUUUGGAAUCUUUGAAAUCUCCAUCACGGUCUGAUCCAAAUGUUAAUUUGAUUUAGUCCAAA